UCGCGAGAUUUCUCGGCGGGAUUUUGCUGUUUUCAACAUGGCAGGCAGCAAGUUGGUGCUAGAAGGGAGGAUAAGUAUUAUUAGCUUUAUAUCAGGACUGGCCGUCAUUAUAAUACCGUUACUUGUAAAAUUCGGAUCUCAUAUUGACUGGAUAUUCGAUUACCUCACGGAUGUGAACGGAAAAAUAGCCAUUGCGGCGUACAUUACAGUUAUCAAUGGCUUCCUGCUAAUCAUAUACAAGGGACCUUUAUACAAGGUUGCUGUUCGAGCCUGCUUUCUUGGAUUUGCCUUUGGAUGUGGUCUCAUUUUAAGUUUGGCAGAUACAGCAUGGACACACUUUGGCUGGUAUAUGUGUUCACUGUCAUUUUUCCACUACUCUGAGUACCUGGUUACUGCCAUCAUCAACCCACGCAGUCUGUCUCUAGACUCCUUCCUGCUCAACCAUAGUAUUGAGUACACAUUAGCAGCUAUUUCCUCCUGGAUAGAGUUCACUGUGGAAAUACUCCUUAUUCCAGAGAUAAAGCAGGUGAACUGGCUCUGUUUGGUGGGUUUGGUAAUGGUUCUCUGUGGGGACAGCCUGCGCAAAGCUGCCAUGUUGACGGCAGGGUCCAACUUUAACCAUAUAGUGCAGAAUGAGAAAGCCCAGAGCCACGUGCUGGUCACCACAGGAGUUUACGCUCUCUUCAGACAUCCUUCCUAUGUGGGCUGGUUUUACUGGAGCACUGGCACUCAGAUAAUGCUGUGCAACCCGAUAUGUAUACUGGGAUAUACAAUCGCCAGCUGGCGGUUCUUUCGAGAGCGUAUUGAGGAAGAGGAGAUUUCUCUCAUCCAUUUCUUUGGAGAGGACUACGUUGAGUACAAGAAGAAGGUCUUCACUGGCUUGCCCUUUAUCUCAGGAAUCAGGGUUAACUCUUAAGGCCAUUGCUGCAUUGAAGGGAGGAAAUAGUCUGAAAGUGCACACCUGGACACCUCUGACUGGCACUCUGAGUGAGCUAGUUGCCUGGUGCCAUCAUGGCGCGGCCCCUGGGGCCGGCACAGAUAUAUGAGGUGGCAGCACAGUAAAACUGACCCUGUUCUGAGACACAUUGGUCUGCCCUGAGCAGGGUGGAGCUUCCACCCUCAACACCAUCAGAGAUACUAGUACACCAAAACCACCUUCCUCAGCACUUCAUCAUAUUUCUGUUCUGUCUAACUCCUCCUCGUUUACAUACCUCAUAUAUCAUUUAUCCUCCUAUUUUCACCAUGUAAUUUCAUAUGCUGCUUUUUCCUUUUUAAAUCCCUUGGUUUUGUGUUUAGAAACCUUAGGAGUGAGUUUCA